AUGCUGACUUCCACCAACUCGUCCCGGGCCGCCGUGCGCUCGAUGGCCUCAUUGACACAUGCAGUGUCUCGCACGACCUCCAAUACCCCCGCAGUUGCCCGCUAUGCUCUGGCUUUCGCUGCCCGCUCCCCCGCUUCGCUCAGUAGCCGAUCUCUUCAUCAGUUCCCCCGCCUCCAGUCCCUCAACUCCAUCUCCAACAAGAGAGCUUUCAGCACAACCGUCAGAAUGUCUACCGCUACUAGAACCGAAUCCGAUGCUUUUGGCGAAAUCCAGGUCCCUGCGGACAAGUACUGGGGUGCGCAGACCCAGCGCUCCCUGGGCAACUUCGAUAUCAACCAGCCCCAGGACCGCAUGCCUGAGCCCGUUGUCAAGGCUUUUGGUAUCCUGAAGGGCGCUGCUGCCAUCGUCAACAUGCGCUACGGUCUUGACCCCAAGGUCGGCGAGGCCAUCAAGCAGGCCGCUGCUGAGGUUGUCGAGGGCAAGCUCCUGGAUCACUUCCCUCUGGUUGUCUGGCAGACCGGUUCCGGCACCCAGUCCAACAUGAACUCCAACGAGGUCAUCUCCAACCGUGCCAUCGAGAUCCUGGGUGGUACCAUGGGCACCAAGAAGCCCGUCCACCCCAAUGACCACGUCAACAUGUCCGCCUCGUCCAACGACUCCUUCCCUACUGCCAUGCACAUUGCCGCCGUCCUCGAGCUCGAGAAUACCCUGCUGCCUUCCCUGCGCAACCUCCGCAAUGCCCUUCAGAAGAAGGUCGAGAAGUUCGACAAGAUCAUCAAGAUCGGUCGUACCCACUUGCAGGAUGCCACUCCUCUCACUCUCGGCCAGGAGUUCUCCGGCUAUGUUGCCCAGCUUGACCGUAACAUCGAGCGUGUUGAGGCCAGCAUCCCCCACCUCCGCUACCUCGCUCAGGGUGGUACUGCUGUCGGUACCGGCCUGAACACCUUCAAGGGAUUCGCUGAGGCCAUCGCCGAGGAGGUCACCAAGAUGACCGGCACCGAGUUCAAGACUGCCCCCAACAAGUUCGAGGUUCUCGCUGCCCACGACUCCAUUGUUGAGGCCUCUGGCUCCCUGAACACUCUGGCUUGCUCGCUCUUCAAGAUUGCCCAGGAUAUCCGCUACCUGGGAUCCGGACCCCGCUGCGGUCUCGGCGAGCUGGUUCUCCCUGAGAACGAGCCCGGUUCCUCGAUCAUGCCUGGCAAGGUCAACCCUACCCAGUGUGAGGCCCUCACCAUGGUCUGCUCGCAGGUCAUGGGCAACCACGUUGCCGCUACCGUCGGUGGCAUGAACGGCCAGUUUGAACUCAACGUCUUCAAGCCUUUGAUGAUUCGCAACCUGCUGCACAGCGUGCGCAUCCUCGCCGAUGGCAUGAACAGCUUCGAGAAGCACCUGGUCGAGGGCCUCGAGGCCAACGAGCCCAGAAUCAACGCUCUUCUCCACGAGAGUCUGAUGCUCGUUACCUGCCUGAACCCCGUCAUCGGUUACGACAUGGCCUCCAAGGUCGCCAAGAAUGCUCACAAGAAGGGCCUCACCCUCAAGCAGAGCGCCAUGGAGCUUAAGGCUCUGAGCGAGGAGGACUUUGACAAGCACGUCCGCCCUGAGCUGAUGCUGGCCCCCAAGGAGAAGAAAUAG